GAAAUAGCUCCAGAUGUUUCUCCCACUGCUACCAGCAUGGUUUCCUUGAGGUCCUUCUCCUUGACCAUCCUGGGUCCAUUUCAGCUGUGGUCCCUCUUGCUUCUCCAAGACCUGAGGAUGUGUUCGUUUCAGGAAAUAACAGUUGGUGGUCCCGGACUACGCAUCGAACCUGAGUUCAUACAAAUCACAGGAGGCAAGACCCUCACUCUCAACUGUACCCUGACUCAGAUGGAUCUGCCAACUACCGCAAAAUGGUACAAAGAAUUGAGCAAUGACCCGAAGUUAACGUACAGGGAGCGUUACCAAGUUUCUCGCGGGGUGAGGCUCGCGCCAGGAUCGAGAACGGAUUUCAGCAUCAGCCUCAGCAACAUGGAACCUGAUGAUAACGGGACCUACCGCUGCUUUACGAUCAAUAAAGUCCUCCAAAGGGGAGAAUCUAAUCUAACGAAAGAGGUUGCAGUCUACGUGAUAGUUCCUCCCACGGUACGUCUAGAGACCGACCCGCUUUCUCCCAUCCAGCUGAACACCUCAGUGACGGUUACUUGCAACGCAGAAUAUUUUUAUCCAAACGUGGCCAAAGUGGACUUGUUUUGCAAGAAUCCCAGCGGGAAAGGAAAGUCCGCUAGGGCAACUUUGAAUGCAAACGGGACGUACUCUCGCCAGAGUUCCCUGGAAAUCAUAGCCACCGAAAAUUGGAACGCCUCGCUCUUCACUUGUCUGGUUAAACAUAACUCGACGGUAUUUAAGGCUACAAGAAGGCUGUUUAUUAAGACGGAACUGGGAGAAGGCUCACUGCAACGAUCCAUGAUGGGUCUCUAUCUGGGCCUUUUCCUGAACAAAACGGGACUGUUUUUUUUCUUCGCCAGUCUUUUCAAAAUGAAGGCGCGUGGAAGCUGCCUUGCGAGACCUUUUGACCCAUCUUCCCAAGGCUGAAAUUCCGAUUUAACUACUACUCCCGACGACAUCCUGGA